UAUCAUCGGCAACAAGGGUCAAGGUAGUUUUCCUGUUGGUACUCGAGAAACGGUGAUGUUUAUACGAGUAGUCUGACCAAUAUUUAACGGCUAUGCCAGGGAAAAGAAAGAAACGGAUCGUCGGGAAGAUAAUAUGGGGACCGAGGAAAGGACAUUUAAAAGAAAACGGAACGGCCUCGGGAUGGAUGAGCCAGCCCAGCGUGUACCAUGCUCUUAUUGUGAUAUUUUUAGAAUUCUUUGCCUGGGGUUUGUUGACGUCCCCCAUGAUUAUGGUCCUGAACGAGACUUUUCCCAAUCACACCCUCCUACUUAAUGGGUUAAUAACUGGUGUAAAGGGGAUGCUAUCCUUCCUCAGCGCCCCAUUGAUUGGAGCGUUGUCGGACGUGUGGGGUAGGAAGACGUUCCUCCUUCUGACCGUGUCGUUCACGUGUGCACCAAUCCCUCUGAUGAAGAUCAGUCCUAUGUGGUACUUCGCUAUGAUAUCCAUAUCGGGGAUAUUUUCUGUGACGUUCAGCGUUGUGUUUGCUUACGUAGCUGAUGUAACAGCAGAAGAAGACCGAGGACAGGCCUAUGGUCUAGUAUCCGCUACCUUUGCUGCUAGCUUGGUAACAAGUCCUGCUCUAGGAUCGUACCUGGAACAGGCCUACAGUGAGAACUUAGUCGUGUGGCUAGCCACAGCGGUGGCUCUACUUGACAUAUUUUUUAUCUUGGUGGCUGUGCCAGAAUCCCUUCCGGAGAAACUCCGGCCAGCCACCUGGGGGUCCCAGAUCUCCUGGGAUAAGGCAGACCCUUUUGGGGCUCUGAAGAAGAUUGGCCAGGACCAGCUCAUCUUAUUGCUGUGUGUAGCUGUAUUCCUGUCCUAUCUCCCCGAGGCUGGGGAGUACUCCUGUUUCUUUGUCUACCUUAGACUGAGAAUGGGUUUCUCAGCUGAGGCUGUCGCAUCCUAUAUAGCUUUAGUAGGUGUUCUCUCCGUUAUUGCUCAAACGUUGAUAUUGACAGUUUUAAUGAAGUAUCUUGGUCACAAGGGAGCCAUCAUGUUUGGACUGGUUUUUGAGAUCAUUCAACUAGCCUGCUAUGGUUUUGGAUCUCAGGACUGGAUUAUGUGGGUGGCCGGAUGUAUGGCGGCCAUGUCUAGUGUGACCUAUCCAGCUAUUAGUGCGUUUGCUUCAUCACAUGCUUCUGCUGACCAACAAGGUGUGGCACAGGGUAUCAUCACUGGUAUCCGUGGACUGUGUAAUGGAUUCGGUCCAGCCAUGUUUGGAUUCAUAUUUUACCUGUUCCAAGUAGACUUAAAGGAAGCUUCAUAUCCAACAGCUAAACCAUUGGCAGCAAACGCCACAGCACGUCCAAACGCUGUCAAUCCUCUAGAGAGUAUGAUUCCUGGUCCCCCAUUUGCAUUUGGAACCAUCCUAGUCAUAAUGGCAUUGCUUGUAGCUAUAUUUGUGCCGGAGAGUCCACACAGCUCUGUGGGGAAGGGCAGCUCUCGGCGUACAUCACCAACUGUUGAAACUUUUAGUCAAGAAUCAGAUUAUUACCUGUCCAGUCGAGGAAGUCAUCGGAGUAUUGAAAACGAGCCGUUAAUAAAUGAAUCGGAACAGGAAGUGUAACAAUGGUGGACUUUAGGACAUCACACUUUCACCAGUGACAUUCAAAUAUGCCUUAGUUUGGCUGUCGCAUUUUUGACUACUAUAAAAGAACUACUACUUAAGGUUCUUGUUGAAAUACAGUCUUUCUGAAGAAACAUUGAGUCGGGGAUGUGUUUAUGAUUUGUCUGCUGUAGUAAGACGUUUUUAGUGAAAGAUUUCAAAUGAAGGCGGUCUUUGUGA